CGAAAUGACGUUGGAGAAGCUGGUGGAAAUCGGAGAAGGAUCACGUGGGGCGGGCGAUAAGAAUGAUAAGCUUGCAGAAAGAAAGGGCACUCUUUUUGUGUCAGCAAUCAAGGGCUGUUGCCUAUCUUCUUUUUUUUGGAUUUGUACUUAGAAGUAAAUGUAAGCCUAAUGAAAUGAACUAUGGACACAUUCGAAAUCGGCCGUGGAAAAACACAUCUCAGGUCGGAAUCCCAUCCAGUCAGCACCAAAUCACCACCCAGCAUGUCAGGCCAGCAAACAACUUUCCGAGGAUACAUCUAGCACACACCAGAUACAAUUCAUUCACCCACACGCGUUCUUCGAACUUUCCCUACCGGUAAUCAUCCCCGAUCUCAAAUCCGCGAAUUCGUUCUUCAUCAAACUUGCUUGUUGUCUGAUAGAUAGACACCAUCUU